AAAUCGCAAAUCAGUCAACGCCGCCGCGGUGAAACGUCAAAACAAAAGUUUGGAGAUUUCGUUCGUUCCGCGUAAAUAGUUUAAACUUUUGCACUUGUUUAAAAUCGUGCCAGACGGCCAGAAAUUACGCCUUGUGUUCCGUGUUCAAUGUGUCGCGUCGUUUGGAAUCCGGCCCCAGAAUGAAAGUCACGGUGAAAAGUUGGAUGGGAGUCGCCGUCUGGAAGUGGCUCGCCAACGAUGACAACUGCGGCAUCUGCCGGAUGGCGUUCGAGGGCUGCUGCCCGGAUUGCUCCCUGCCCGGGGACGACUGUCCGCUAGUUUGGGGCGCCUGUUCGCACUGCUUCCACAUGCACUGCAUCGUCAAGUGGCUCAACUCGCAGGCCAACCAGCAGUGCCCGAUGUGCCGCCAGACGUGGAAAUUCAACGACAAGUAGGCACGAUUCCAGGCAGGAAAAGGGGGGUUUCUUCGGUGGACCAAGUUAAAGACAGCCAGUGACAGGAAAAGAACAGUGAAUUGCACACUUCUUAGCGGGGAACGAAACGGGGUGGAGGAAGCCAGUGAUUGUGAGUGUGGGCAGAACCAGGUUGCGAGAAAGAGAGUGAUUGGCCAAUUUGAAUUUUCUUGGCCUAACUAGAAGUGACGGGGAUUUGUGUACCACAGUGUCGAGUGCUAAAGGUGUUGUCCCGUUUUAAAACAACCCAAAGGUGGUGCUGUCGUGAGGGAUUCGUGUGUUGGGGUGUGUUUGAAAAUAUCGAGGAAAAAAAUUGCACAAAAUUGUAGAAAGUGUAGUGUUAAAUAGACGAGAGUUGAACAGUGGUUGAUUUUUUAGUAAUUCAUCAAAGGCUACUGAAACAAU